GCUGAAGAUCCUCCUGCAGACAGCCGUGAACACUUUGGAGGCCGAAAUUGCCGGCGAAGCGACGGAGCGGUCCGGGCUCCAGUUGUCCGGUGCCGCGGUCAGUCUGCUCCACACCGUCGGCAGCAUCCUCACCAGCAUGACGGGCGACGCGCUCGAUCUGAAGCCGGCCGGAGGACAACAGUUCGGCGGCCGCACGUUGCCGCCAGCCUGUCAUCCGAUCCUCUCCACUUCUUCCUUCACCUCCUCCUGCUCUGCUUCCUCCGUCUCCUCUGCCGCCUCCUCGAUCUCCUCCUCCGACGCCCAGCUACCGUUCCCUCAACCCUCGGCCGUGGCAACCGCCACCGCCACUCCCACCCUGCCGCUCUCUCUUGUCCUGCCGCAGGCAUCGGCACCUCCGCAGUCCGGCAUUCCGGUCUCCUCUCCGCCGGAUCCGGCCUUUUCGGGACUCGUCUCUGAGGUCUGGAUCUCGGCGGUAGCCGCGGCUGCGGCCUCACACGGCGGACUCGUCUUUCCGUCGUCUAGCAGCUUCACACACUCCGACCACACGGUCACCAUGACUACUGGGCCUCAGGGACCAGGCAACCUGGAGCCGGUGGUCAGCUCGGUGGGACCACUCGCAGGUCACUUCUUUCCGCCGAUUCCGGGCUUCGGGCAAUUCAGUGCCAGCAACCUGCUCUCCUUCUACGAGCAGGCGCUGCCGUCACACUGCAACACCGCCAGCGUCACCAACACCGCCGCCUCGGCAACAGGCAGCAUUCCGCUGCAGUCCCUGCAACCGCUCGGCAGUGGACUGCUCUCCACGCCACAGUCGGCCCACUGCCUGACGCCAGCCGUGAGCCGCCACCUCUCAGCCUAUUCCGCCAGCCCCGGCCUCUUUGCCGGUUGCCGCACUCCAACGCCGACAGCGACACCGACGCCAAUGGCAACACCGACGACGCCGACCACCAACGCCAGCAAUAGCGCCGCAACUACGCCAGCAACCAGCCACAUCGGCCACACCAGCUACACGUCCGCUCGCCUCUUCGCCCGACACAGCAGCCCGGCCGGCGGGCUGGUGGGCCAGGCGAGCUCCGUCGGCCGGCUGUCGAACGAACCAAUGGGCGUCGCCGCAAGACACCCCCUCGCCGGGUCCAUGGGCUCCGGGCCGUCGGGUAAGUCCCGCCUCAGCGCUCGCAACGCCCUUCCGGCGGCUCCGGCCGACUUCUCACCAGGUCCGGCCUCGUCGGCCGGCCUUUGCGCCCGGCUGGGGCUCGAGUCGGCUCUGGUGGGUGCGGGUGUGGGUGUGGGUGGCGGUGUGUCGGGCGAGGGCGUCAUCAUCUGCCCCGUGUGCCAGUUCGACGCCCGCUGGUUCAGCGAGCUGAGAGCUCACAUGGUCAACCACUCGGAGCAUCGGAUGUUCGGCUGUUGCUACUGCGUCUACCGAGCCAAAUGGAAGUGGGACGUGGCCAAGCACAUGCGACGGUGUCCACGAGCCCGACAUGUCGCUCAUCUGCAGAAUGAACUACUCCUGCGCAUCGUCAAAUACCACCCUCCUCCGGUGGGCGACAUUUUGCACAACUAUUUUCCUCAGGACGGCUUUCCCGGAGUCGACAUAGACAGGCCCAUAAGUCCUCCCACAGCGACACUAACACCGGAAUCAACAUCAGGCCCACCACCCGUCUUCACACCGUCCACACCAGUGCAG